AUGAUUAAGCCUCUAUUUAUACUUGGGGUGUUCCUUAUCAAUGGAAUUGUGUGUCCUCCACCUAUGAGACAACAGGCGGAGCAAGCACAAGCACACGACAAUUCUACUCCGCAACCAGGCGCACAGACACAAGAAGGAGCGCCUGUGGAAAUCGAAAAGAACGAAUAUGAUGGACGCCAUCCAAGUUAUCAAUUUGCCUACACCAAAUAUUUGGAAGAGGUUGUCAAGAUUCUGGAGACGGACCCAAAGUUCAAUGAGAGACUGAAGAACAUGAAUGAGGAGGAUAUCAAGGCGGGAAAAAUCGCUGACCACAUCGACGAUCUCCCACAAGAAGUGUUCGACAAGCUACACAGAGCUAAAUUUGAGGAGAUUGAGAGAUUAAGAAAGCAGAUUGAGGAGCAGAUUAAGGCCGACGGUGGAGCCCAUAACGUGCAGAUGCCUGAUCAUCUUGACGUUCAAGAGCUAGAGAAAUUCCACAAGGAGGAUUUGAGAAAGCUGAUUCAGAAGACAGUGGCCGAUAUGAACAAGAUGGAUGAUCAGAGAAAGGAAGACUUCAAGCAGUACGAGAUGAAGAAGCAAGCGGAGGAGGAUCACAAGUUGGCUCAAAUGAGUCCAGAGGAGCGAGAGAAGGCAAAACGCGAACAUGAGGAAGCUGAGAAGCGGCACAAUGACCACGAGAAGCUGAAACAUCCGGGAAGCAAGGAUCAACUACAAGAAGUUUGGGAGGAAACUGAUCAUCUCGAAAAAGACCAAUACGACCCAAAAACCUUCUUCGCUCUUCACGAUCUCAACGGAGAUGGUUUCUGGAAUGACUUUGAGCUAGAGUCACUUUUCCAACUGGAGCUCGAAAAGAUGUACAACGAAACCAACCCAGAUGAUGAUAUGAAGGAGCGCGCUGAGGAAAUGUACCGUAUGCGAGAACAUGUCAUGAAGCAAAUCGAUGUGAAUCAAGAUCGUAUGAUUUCGAUGCAAGAAUUUUUGAAUGAUGCCGACUCGCAGAAUGCAAACCCACCUAAGCAGGAAGAGGCGUGGGAGGACCUCGGACAGAAAAAGGUGUACACUGAUGAGGAGCUUCAGAAAUUUGAGAAAGAGUAUGCAGCUCAACAAGGAUGGGGAGAACAUGCGUAUGAUUCACAACAAGUUGCUUCAGAACAACUCCAUCCACAAGCCGCCCAACAACCACCGCAGCAACAGGUCCACCCAGCUCAGCCCAUCCAACCAGUCAACGCACACGCUCCACCACCACUACCUGUCCACAAUGCGCAACCACCUGUGCAACAGCAACAACCACCUCAACAGAACUUGCCACCGGUACACCACGAGCCAAUCCAAGACCACACCAAGGAUCCAACAUAUGGAAUUUAA